AUGGAUUACUCAGACCGGGUCAAUUCCAAGCAAGGAUCUGGAGGUGUAGCGGACACCUCCGAAACCAAGGUUCAUGUACGAAAGAGAAUACAAGAGCUUUUAGCCACCAAAGUAUUAGAUCUUGAUAAUGAUCCCUAUGCAUUAAGAAACCAUCUAGGACUCUUGGAAUGUCGACUAUGUUUAACUACACAUGUUAGUGAAAGCUCUUACAUAGCCCAUUUGGGAGGUCGAAAGCAUCAGAUGAACUUGGAGAAACGUAAGGUAUUAGAUGAAAAGUACCAAAGAGCCAAUGGGAUAAAUACUGGUACCGAUGGCAGUGGUAAUAUAGCUGAAGACAAUGACAGAAUCUCCAUUAGUAACAUAGAGAAGAGGAGCUGGGAUAAGAUAGGAAAGCCUGGUUACAAGGUGACUAAACUUCGAGAUCCAGAACUGUUAAGACUUGGAUUACUAUGGGACAUUGAAUUACCCUUAAUUACAGUAGAAGAACCAAGUUUUGUUAUUAUGAGUUACUAUGAGUUGACCAUUAAGAAUAAGAACAUAAUGAAGUCAUUUUUAGAUACCACCGAAGGGUUUGACCCUGCGGAAUUUAAUCCGGAAAAUUGUCAGUACUUGGUAGUCUCUGGUGAACCUUAUAGUAAUAUUUGUUUUAUUAUACCUGGAGAUUUACCAUUGGAUCGACCUGAAGAUCCUCAGCAAAUGAAUACAAACUUUUGGUGGUAUUGGGAUAAGGAUACUAGGCAUUAUUACAUUCAGGUACUUUUUGGGAACAAAUAG